AUGGAGGAUGAGAGACUUGACGUUAGUUUGCUGUCUGUUGGUGUCGCCGAUGCAAAGCCUGACAUGAUGCCGACGAACAGUUUCUACUGGAUGUCCGACGCUCUUGCUGGAGGUAGUUGGAGCACCGGAGCAUCCCUUAUUACUCUCGGAUUCACCGCGCGGACAGCCAUUCCAAUCGCAUUCUGCUCCUACUUCCUGGUAUCCAUUCCUUCAGCGCUUACCGGUCGUAUCGGGACCUUCACCCACACCCCUUUCCCUGUCAACAUCCGUGCAUCAUUCGGUCCGUGGGGAAGUGUCGUCCCUAUUCUUGCCCGCAUGAUCAUUGGCCUUAUUUGGAUGUUCGUGCAGACUUACCUCGGUGGUACUUACGUUACAAUCUUGCUCUCGGGCAUCUGGCCUAGCUACAACAGAAUUCCCAACAGACUUCCUGCGAGCGCUGGAAUCGAGUCGAAAGAACUACUCUCGGUUUUUAUUUUCUGGUGCAUUCAGGUACGUCUGACGACGUGUAUGAGUGGCAAACUUCGAUAUUUGUUUUUAGUCAAAGCAAUCAUCGUACCGAUCUGCUACUUUGGUAUCUUCAUAUGGGCGAUGAUCGCCACCAAUGGAGGUGACACUCCAUAUAUUCGUGGCCGAUCGACCGGGUCGGGGUGGGCUGUUCUUCAAGCGAUCAACGCUCUUGCUGGAGGCGCCUCAGCCGUCGAGACGAACGCGGCCGACUUUAGCAGAUAUAUGAAGCACGGCAGCGGUAACUUCUGGCAAAUCUUGUGGAUCCCAAUCACAAACACCCUCCCUAUCGUGGUGGCCACCCUUGCGACCGGUGCCGCUCAAGCAAAGUACGGCGUAUACGAAUGGAACGCGGCUGAUCUUUUCUUGCUCUGGAACAAUCGAGCUGCUCAGGUCUUUUGUGCUGCGGCAUUCAUUCUCUCAAACAUUGGAAUCAAUAUCAGUGCCAAUGCCGUGGCGUUUUCGAACGACAUGACCUCCCUGUGUCCGCGGUAUUUCAACAAUUUCCGGUCGUCGGCCCUUUGCGCGAUUCUGUCCUUUGCGGCUUGCCCGUGGUUGAUUGUGCAAAACGCUCCGGCUUUGCUCAACUUCCUCGGUUCCUACGCAUGUUUCCUUUCAGGUAUUGCAGCAAUCAUGAUCGCCGACUUCUACCUCGUCCGAAAGGGUCGUGUCGACAUGCGUGAAUACUACAACUUCCCCGGAGGUAUCUAUUGGUACUGGUUCGGUUUCAAUUGGCGAGCCAUCGCAGCCUGGGUCAUCUCUUUUGCUCCCAAUCUUCCUGGACUAAUUCACGGGGUCAAUGCCAAGGUUCCUAACGUGCAACCUUAUACAUACUACUUUAGCUGGCUGUUUGGAACCGCCGUGUCCGUUGCGUUAUACAUGCUCAUAAACUACUUCUUCCCUCCGAAGGCCUCUCUGAUCAACUACACCUUGUACGAAGAUGACAUGAUUGUCAGCGAGACCAACGAUGUGGAAGCAGCCGCGGCGACCGAGCUCAGACGUGAGAGUGUCACGGAGAAGCAGGGAGCAGAGGAGACAGUUGUUGUUCCGGUGCCCGUCAUCAAAGAUUGA